AUGGCAAGUCCAAGAACUCGUCGUGUUUUACAAGAACUAAAACCCCAUAAUGAAAAUGAUAAAUGUUUCGAGUGUGGCACUCAUAACCCCCAGUGGGUAUCAGUAACAUAUGGAAUAUGGAUUUGCCUGGAAUGCUCAGGAAAACAUCGAGGAUUAGGAGUUCACUUAUCCUUUGUACGUUCAGUGACUAUGGACAAAUGGAAAGACAUUGAACUUGAAAAAAUGAAAGUCGGAGGUAACAGAAAUGCAAGAGUAUUUUUCGAAGCCCAACAAGAUUGGGAAGAUAAUAUGACCAUUCAGCAAAAAUACAACAGUAAAGCUGCCGCGCUGUAUAGAGAUAAGAUUUCAACUAUUGCUCAGGGUAAAUCUUGGGAUGAAAAGAAAAGUCCUGCACAAAAUUAUACAGGGAGUUUGAUAGGCCAAUCUAGUUAUAAUUCAAGUAGUAAUAAUUAUUCCAACACUUCCAAUUCCAACAACAGUUCUUAUCAGCAAUCCUAUAACCAAACUGACAGUUAUCAAGGAGGGUAUCAGAACUACAAUUCUGCUGAGUUUAAGGACCAAAAAGAAGCCUUUUUUGCUAAAAGACAAAUGGAAAAUUCAUCUAGAAGAGAUGAUUUGCCUCCAAGCCAAGGUGGAAAGUACAGCGGUUUUGGGUAUACUAAAGAGGCCCCACCAAGAAGUCAAUCUCAAGAGUUUGUUGACACUGCAAUGUCUUCUUUAGCUAAUGGUUGGUCUUUUUUAUCAUCAUCUGCCACAAAAAUUGCCAGUAAAGCAACAGAAAAUGCAGUAAAAUAUGGAGGACUUGCCAGUCAGAAGGUAGUUGAUAUUAGCUCGCAUGUAGGGGACAAGGUAAAGGAGGGUUGUUUAUUAGAAGAUGUUGGUUGUCAAGUUACUAGUUUAGCAAACAAGUUAGGUGAAAUGGGCAAAAAAGGUUGGAAAGAAGUAAGUGGCAUAAAUGAUGGCGGCGAUUUUAGUCCUUCUGGAUAUGGACAAGUUGGUGGUGAAAAUUACCAAUCUCCAGGUGAAAGAUCUUCAUUGGUAAGCAGUAAUGGAUUCCAGCGUGAAGAAGAUUGGAGUAAUAGCAGCCAGCAGGGCUCCAAGGCUUCAAGUCCAAAAUCUCCAAACCAAAAUUGGGAUGGAAGUUGGGGCUACCAAAAUGAAGCUCAGGGAUAUCAGACAGAUAGCAGAGAAUUUACGAAUAGCAACCCGACGAGUCCUGAGGAAAGUCAUAGAUCCAGUAAAAAGGAGAAAAAACGUGGAGAGUCAAAGGAGAAGGAACAAAAACCCAAAGCAGCUUGGGACAAUAAGUGGGGAGAUGAUGAACUAUGGGAAAGCCUAAAUAAGUAG